GGGAACCCUUCGGCCCAGAACGCGGCGCCAGGUUGCGCGCCAUGGACGAGCAGGCGCGGCAGCUCCUGCACCGGCAGCGGCACUGGGACCGAACGCGGGGCCGAGCUGCAUGGGGACGAGGCGGAGGUGGGCAGUGAAAGAAAACAAAAGUCCGAGAGAAGAGCAUGGACGUCGGGCGGCUGUCUGGGAGAAAACCAGAACGGCAUAACAGAGGUCCGCGCGGAGUCCUGGGUCGGCAAGGGGGCGCGCAGGGGGCCCGGCGCAGCUCCAAGGAGUCCGCGGGAACUCCGAGAGUGCACGCACGCUCGGGAGCGAGUCCGAAGACAAUCUGCAUGAGCAGGAGGAGGUCCAGCAGGCGCUGGCCAAGAGUGGCGAGAGAUCGCUCCGGAACAGGUCUGGGCCAGAGGCUGGUUCGCAGGGGGUUCUGGCCCUCGCAGCAAGCCGCGCCGCGAGUCGAGGACCUUCCGCGCAUCCUGCUCGACAGCGCGAGCGCCAAGAGUAAAAGGAAAAAACGGCACAGGCAGAAACUGUCCAAGGUCCGCGCGGAUUACUUGGAUCGGCGCUGGGACACCCCCGCCUUGGCGCGUGGAGCGCGCCAGUGGCGGCGCCCGAGGACGUUGGGCUUUCGGCCGCCGCGCCAAGCCGCGCCGCGCACCUUGGCCCCGCGAACUGUUGAGGAGGAGGGGGAGGAGGAGGAGGAGGAGGAGGAGGAGGAGGAGGAGGACAGCAGCGGUGAGGACCCGGAGGCCGGCGGAGCUGC